AUGGCAAGAAGAAAUGUUCUCAUUACAGGUUGCUCCUCAGGAAUUGGACUGGCAUUAGCUGAAAAAAUGGCAAAAGAUGAACAGAAAAGAUUUAAAGUGUAUGCCACAAUGCGGAAUCUGGCUAAGAAAGAGCCACUUGAGGAAGCUGCAGGUCGCAGGCUGGGCAAAACCCUCGAAAUUAAACAACUGGAUGUCUGUGAUGAACAGUCUAUUAAAGCUUGUGUGAAUAGUAUCCCUGACAGAAGGAUUGAUGUCCUAGUUAGCAAUGCUGGAAUGGGACUCAUUGGACCUAUAGAAUGUCAGACCAUAGAUGAAAUGAAAACUGUGAUGGAUACCAACUUCUUCGGACUGGUUCGACUCCUGAAGGAGAUUUUGCCUGACAUGAAGAGGAGAAAGAGCGGGCAUAUAGUUAUAAUAAGCAGUGUUAUGGGAAUACAAGGUAUCUUAUUUAAUGAUGUUUAUGCUGCAUCUAAGUUUGCUGUGGAAGGAUUCUGCGAGAGUUUAGCUAUACAAGCACUCAAGUUCAAACUGCAGUUAAGUCUGAUUGAACCAGGCCCAGUAGUUACAGAGUUUGAAAGAAAAGUGUUUGAAGAUGGAAUGAAAAUGGAUCUUUCAGCUGCAGAUGAGGAAACAGCUGAGAUGUUUACUAAUAUUUACCUUAAAAAUUACAAACAAAUUUUCCAGAGCCUGGGACAAAGUGCUGAAGAUGUUGCAGAGCAUACAGUAAAGAUAAUUCUUGCAGAAAAUCCACCGUUUCGCCAUCAGACCAACACUUUGUAUACUCCGAUGACGACUCUGAAAUACGCAGAUCCAAACGGAGAUCUGCCCAUUGAUAUAUUCUACAAAAUGGUUUUUCAUCAUGACAAAAUCUUCAGUGCAAGUCUUAACUUUAUCAAGUUGCUAAGGUGGAGAAGUAGAAAGAGCUUUGACCUGGGAAAACCCUCACAAUAAAUAUAAGAUUAUAUAGUGCAAAUUGGAAUUACUUGUUGUAGCUAAUGAUAAUGCAGUAUGUUGUUACUCAAAUGCCUUUGCUCCGUAGUUGUGAAAAGGCAUUCAAGGUGUUUAUCUGAGCUUAGCUAAGAUAUUCAGCUCAAUGUGUUUAUCUUAAACUUUACAG